AUGAAUUAGUCUCUACCACAUUAAAUAAGAAUUCCAACUCUCGAACAAGAUAAUCCCUAUUCUUAAGAAUAGAGCGAUAAAAAUAUCAAAAGUUACCUCUAGCCAUUAAGGAAUGCAGUCGCUAAAAUCACAGAAUAGAGAUAAGAACAAUAAUACAGACGUAAAUCAACUUAUGGAUAGCUAUUUGGGGAAAUGACCAAAAAAGAAAUGGGCAAUCUUCCCACCCUCGUUGAAUAACAUAAAUAAUUUAACAAAAAGGAACUAGCCUUAACCAGUUUCGCAUUGAUGCUAGAGAGAAAACAAAGAAAAAAAACAACCAGAAAAUUAUCCAAAAGACUGUCCAAACAAGAAUCGAUUAUUGAAUUUGACAAUAUGGAAAGACCUCCCUCCUGUAUCACGCCUCCUAAAAUAGUUCAAACACCAAAACCUCAGUUAAAAUCAAAAAAUAAGUUGAAAAAGGAAAUAUAUUUAAAAGACCAAGAUUUCAAAUUUGGGCAUUUUCUAACAGGUAGAUUGUAACAGAGUAAGAAAUUACAACCAGAACUCAAUCAUAAGAUUCGAUACCAUUGUCAAACACAAUCCUGUGCCUCUCUACCUAAUGGACAACUUAGUUCUUUUGCAUCAUCUCCUAAAGUUUUGACAACCAUCAAAUCAAAUACUUUGGCAAUAAUCCAAGAUUUCAAGCUUACUUCUAGAAAAUAAGUUGUCAGACCCUAUACAAAACACAAUACACUUUUGUUAAAAUAAAUUUAGUAGACAUUUGAAAUGAAACCAUAAAAUAGAACAAAUAAACAUUCGAUAAAAUAUACUAAAAUUAUGUCUGAAAGCAAUUAAUAUAUUUAUUGA